AAUUUUCUCUUUCUUUUGAAACAUAUAUAUACAGAUAUAAAUAGAGGCAGAUACAUGUAACCUAGCUAAAGGAGCACUGAUAUCUCAAAAAAAUUUGCCCUUUCUCUCUCUCUCAUCACUAUUUGCCAUCUCUUUCUCUCUCUCUCUCUCUUUCAAAUGUCAAUAAACCAAUACUCAAGCGAUUUUCACUACCAUUCUCUCAUGUGGCAACAACAGCAGCAACACCACCACCACCAAAACGACGUCGUGGAAGAAAAAGAAGCUCUUUUCGAGAAACCCUUAACCCCAAGUGACGUCGGAAAACUCAACCGCCUCGUCAUCCCAAAACAGCACGCCGAAAGAUACUUCCCACUAGCGGCCGCAGCCGCAGACGCGGUGGAGAAAGGACUUCUCCUCUGCUUCGAGGACGAGGAAGGUAAACCAUGGAGAUUCAGAUACUCGUACUGGAACAGUAGCCAGAGUUAUGUCUUGACCAAAGGCUGGAGUAGAUACGUCAAGGAGAAGCACCUUGACGCCGGUGACGUCGUUCUCUUCCAUCGCCACCGUGCUAACGGCGGAAGAUUCUUCAUUGGCUGGAGAAGACGCGGUGACUCUUCUUCUUCCUCCGACUCUAAUCGCCAUGUUCAAUCCAAUGCCUCGCUUCAAUAUUAUCCUCAUGCAGGGGCUCAAGCGGUGGAGAGCCAGAGAGGGAACUCGAAGACAUUGAGACUGUUCGGAGUGAACAUGGAAUGCCAGCUAGACUCGGACUGGUCCGAGCCAUCCACACCUGACGGUUCUAACACAUAUACAACCAAUCACGACCAGUUUCAUUUCUACCCUCAACAACAACACUAUCCACCUCCGUACUACAUGAUCACAAUAAAAUCUACUCUUUGACAACGAAAAUAUUUGGAUUUUGGACAUAUUAUUCUCCACAAAGUGUUUGCACCAAUAAUAGAUACAAAUUAUCAUAUGUUUUUUUGGGAGAUAAGUUACAUCUACACAUAAUAUAUCUCUUUAUCUUACAUAAGUUAAGAAACUUGAAAUUCUACUUGAUACUUUUGCAAGGAUUCUAAAAUCACAUGGUGUUUAAAAAAAAAAGAUUUUUGAUUUUAUUUUGCAGGACAUAAGUUUUACAGGAGAUGUGAACCAGAAGAGAAGCCCACAAGGAUAAAAAAAAAGAGAGCUUCACAUCUGGUUCCUGCAGUCAUGUUUUGUUUUAGAUGUUGAUCCCUUAAUUUUACAAGCUUCAUUUUGUAUUAUUUAAAGUAAAAUCAUAUUUGAUUCUUCUUUAAAUCUCUCUCAAUUUUCACUCUCUUCCUUUUAUCUUCUUAUGUAUUAGAUUCUUUUACAUAGCUAACAAUUGUAUAGAAAAUUCAAAGUUCUGGCUAUUCCAAAGUUAUCCUUUCUAGAUCUCUUUAUAUAUUUUGUUAUGGAGGCAGAUAACAACAAUUUAUGUUAAA